CAAACCUUAUCGGUUAGCAAAUGUUGUGUUAUUUUUCGUAGCUUUAAUACAACAAACCACAAUAUCUUCCCCAUGGCUUCUCUAUCAAACCCGGGCUCUGCUUUCUAUGGCCGUGCUCUUACCACCGACUUUCAUCGCCCAAACGUCAACUGUUUUAAGCUCCUUCCGCAUCCAUGGCGUCUCAGUCUCAGAGCUUCGUACUCCGCCGUCCCAAGCGUCGACCUCAAGACUCUCGAAUCUGCCAUUGCAAAGAAAGAUAGCACAAGUGUUAAAGAGGCACUUGAUCAGCUGAGUGAACUUGGAUGGGCGCAAAAAUGGAGUUCUCAGCCAUAUGUCUCACGUCGUACGACAUCUCUCAGGGAGCUGACCUCUCUAGGAAUUAAAAACGCAGAAAACCUUGCAAUCCCCAGCGUUAGAAAUGAUGCGGCUUUUCUUUUCACAGUGGUGGGGACAACUGGAUUCUUAGGUAUUAUUGCUGGCCAACUUCCUGGGGAUUGGGGCUUCUUUGUGCCAUACUUGAUUGGGAGUAUCUCUUUAAUAGUUUUGGCUGUGGGUAGCAUUUCCCCUGGGCUUCUUCAAGCUGCCAUCAAUGGCUUCUCAACCUUCUUUCCUGAUUAUCAAGAGAGGAUUGCUAGACAUGAAGCAGCUCAUUUUUUAGUUGGUUAUUUGCUGGGCCUACCAAUUCUGGGGUAUUCUCUAGACAUCGGGAAAGAACAUGUCAAUCUCAUUGAUGAAAGGCUUGAAAAGCUUAUAUACAGUGGGCAGCUAGAUGCUAAGGAACUUGACAGGUUGGCAGUGGUGGCAAUGGCUGGACUCGCAGCAGAGGGGCUUAAAUAUGAUAAAGUGAUUGGACAAUCUGCUGAUCUUUUCACUCUUCAGAGAUUUAUCAACAGAAGCAAACCACAAAUAAGCAAAGACCAGCAACAGAAUCUUACUAGAUGGGCUGUUUUGUUUGCUGCAACCCUUUUAAAAAAUAACAAGGAUUUGCAUGAGGCCCUUAUAUCCAAAAUGACACAGAAGGCCACUAUAUUGGAGUGUAUUGAAGCGAUUGAGAAGGCUUCUUAAUUCUUGAACCAAAUCAUUCCUCAUGGAGACUUCAGAUUAGUAUCCUACUGCUAUGCUACUCAUCAUUCUUAUUGUGCAAGCUACAAGGAUUUGAAAGACUUUCAACUCUUGUCUGGCCACUAGGCCACAACAAAUUUUUCCCUGUAUAAACACACUGUAAAUUUAAAUAUUUAUCCAAUUCUAAUAUUUCUGUUUGAUCA